CACCCCUGAGCUCCUUCCUCAAAAGUUUUGCAUAGUUUUGGUAUUAAAGCCAUUUCCCCUCCACUACAGUCACACUCCCAGCCUCUUUAGAUCUCUUGCCUGCCCAUCUGUCCAGUUAUUGGGAAAUGGUAGCAAUCAGCUCUGCUUCUCCUACUGCUGUCUCUUUGUCGAAUAGAAAGCGCAAGCUGGCACUGGGAGCUGCCUCCCACGAAGUACCUUUUUUUUUCCUCCUCUCCUUACCUUGCACACUGAGUGGUGGAGCAGAGGUCCUGGCUGCAUUUAACCUCCAGGCCAUGGCAGCCUGAGAUGCAGGUUUCCUUUCCUUUACACAGCUGUCCUCCUGGGGCUUCCCGAACCAGCCGGCUCCCGGCUGAUUAGCAGAGUUCCCUUUGACUCCACACGCCCAACAAUGAGCUGUUUAUAACUGUCUCCAAAUCAAAGUCCCAGAGCAGGAAAAAAAAAAGGCAGGAUCUUCAGGGUGGAAGAGUGAGACACAGCUGUUUCCAACCCAGCCUCAGCAUCUUCUGCCACCCUCCUAGCGCAGUAAAUCAUGCUGCGUCUCCAGGCCGGGGCCUGCAUUCCUCAUGCCCUGCCCCAGGCAGUCACCCUUCUGUGUUGCUGUGGGCUUGGGAGACGGAUGCCGUGCCCCACCCCAGAAGUGGUUGCAUUUGGGUCCCAGGGCCUGUUGCACAGGCUGGGCCCAGAGGGAUCGGUGCCCCUUUCCAUCAGCUGCUCCUGCCCCCCGGGAUGCUCUGUGCCAGCUGGCGCUGAGGUGGGCGCCAUGGGGAGUGCAUUGUAACUCCUCCCCAUCCCGCCGUCCCCCCAAAUCCCAGACCCGCGUCUGCCGUGGCGACCGCGGCGCGAAGCAGCUGGGGGCGGAGCCCACCUCGGUCUCUCCUGAUUGGUCCUGGAUGGAAUUGCGGUGAAUGGAACAGAAGCCCAGCACCCUGGACUCGCAGUCGGAGCCAGAGGACACCCGGUGGCCGGAUGGGAAACGCAAAAGAAAGAGCAGCCAAUGUUCGGUGAAGAGCAGCAUGUCAGGGUACAUCCCUAGUUACCUGGACAAAGAUGAACAAUGUGUCGUGUGCGGUGACAAAGCUACAGGGUACCACUACCGCUGUAUCACCUGUGAGGGCUGCAAGGGCUUUUUCCGACGGACCAUCCAGAAGAACCUGCACCCCACCUACUCCUGCAAAUAUGAUGGCUGCUGCAUCAUCGACAAGAUCACCCGCAACCAGUGCCAGCUGUGCCGCUUCAAGAAGUGCAUCUCUGUGGGCAUGGCCAUGGACUUGGUGCUGGAUGACUCCAAGAGGGUAGCCAAGAGGAAGCUGAUUGAGGAGAACCGGGAGCGGCGGCGCAAGGAGGAGAUGAUCAAGUCUCUGCAGCACCGCCCAGAGCCCAGUGCCGAGGAGUGGGAGCUGAUCCACGUAGUGACUGAGGCGCAUCGCAGCACCAAUGCCCAGGGCAGCCACUGGAAACAGAAACGGAAAUUCCUGCCUGAAGACAUUGGCCAGUCUCCCAUGGCUUCAAUGCCUGAUGGGGACAAGGUCGACCUGGAAGCAUUCAGCGAGUUUACAAAAAUCAUCACCCCGGCCAUCACCCGCGUGGUGGACUUUGCCAAAAAACUGCCCAUGUUUGCGGAGCUGCCUUGCGAAGACCAGAUCAUCCGGCUGAAGGGCUGCUGUAUGGAGAUCAUGUCCCUGAGAGCAGCAGUGCGCUACGACCCUGAAAGCGAGACUCUAACGCUGAGCGGCGAGAUGGCCGUCAAGCGGGAGCAGCUGAAGAAUGGUGGGCUGGGCGUGGUGUCAGACGCCAUCUUUGACCUGGGCAAGUCGCUCUCUGCCUUCAACCUGGAUGACACUGAAGUUGCGCUCCUCCAGGCAGUGUUGCUGAUGUCCUCAGACCGCACCGGGCUGCUCUGCAUUGACAAGAUUGAGAAAAGCCAAGAGACAUACCUGCUGGCGUUUGAACACUACAUCAACUAUCGCAAACACAACAUUCCCCACUUCUGGCCCAAGCUGCUGAUGAAGGUGACCGACUUGCGCAUGAUUGGUGCCUGCCACGGCAGCCGCUUCCUGCACAUGAAGGUGGAGUGCCCCACUGAGCUUUUCCCACCCCUCUUCCUCGAGGUCUUCGAGGAUCAGGAAGUCUAGGGCAGAUGGGGAGGGGGAAGGGUGGGAGCAGGGGGCAGGGCUAGGACUUGGGCAAGAGCCCCGCCCCGGCACCUCCUGGACACAUUUUAAUUUGUUCUUUUGUUUUGUUGGGGGUUUUUUUCCUAAUAUCGCGCGUGGGCGUCAGCGAGCAGCGCAACAGGCACCCUGCCAGGGGGCAGGGCCGCUGCCGUUUCUCAAUGGGGGUGGGGGGGCGGGAUUGGGGGAGGAGAGGGGCUAAAACUUGUAUCACACGUGGCUUUAGACCACACAAAACUUGGGCUGGGGGGUGGGGGGAGGGUGUAGGCAUUGGAUCGGAGGAGAAGGGGAAAGAAAUCGCAACCUGGAUGCCACUUCCUGUGAACCUCUCUAUUCUGGGGGGGAUGGCAGGGGUGGAAAAAUAGCCCCGAUUUCAACCCAAUUGCAGGAAAAAUAUGUCCCUGCCCCCCCCUCCCUCCACACAUGUGGCAUUCUCCGUCCUGUCAUCUCCCUGGCACUGGGCUCAGCUGAUACCUCAUGGCUUCCCCUGAAGGAACCUCUCUUGUUGCGAGGACUUUGUUCAUUGUUUUUGUUUGCACAGGACAGUCCCAGACGACAGAGGUUUUCCUUUGAUUAUUUUCUCUUAGCAUUUUUUUCUUCUUCUUUUGUUCCUUAUUUUUUUUAGCAUUUAUUCCCUCCCUGAGAGGCUAAAAUAUGAACUAACUGCACUUUGAAAAGAGAAAAGCUAUUAAAUUAUUAGUGGGGGAUGUUCCUGGACGCGGGGGGUCACAGAGCCGAGUGUGAACGCCAAAUGCACUUUUUUUAGGAAAAGAGGGAGCGUCCAGUGGGCAGUGGAUAGGGUCAUUUCAGGGGGGCGCCUUGAUGGCCCAUGGGGGCGGGGGGUUUCAUCGCACUGCAGGGCUUGGAGCCAGAGUGCCAGCCGACCCCAGUGCUAGGGCUGCAAGGUCUGACUGCUGGAGAAUGCCCAUCCUUUCCCCGUUCCUCACCCCCCCCACCAGACCGGAGAAUCAGGACUCUGAGGUGGGGCUGGCAGUUUCCUUGGGGGACUUCUCCCCACAAACUCUCUGCUUUGGCCCAUCUACCUCUUGGGCUAGAUGGGGUGGGCAGGGCUGCCCUGAAACCCCAGUGCCCCCCCUCUGCAUCCCAUGCACCUGUGUCUCCCCUUGCAAUGUCUCUCCUCCGCCAAAGGCCGUGGUUCUGAGAUGGUUUCCCAAAGGUGAAUCAACCAUGGGGGAGGGGUGGGGGGCUUGGGAGCAGGUGCCCCUGAGGUUGGUAAUUAUCAAUUGAAACCAUUUUGCAGCAGAUAACUGGGUUCUCAGCUAAGCAAAGCAAAAUGCAGGGAGUUUCAAUAUUUCGUCAAGGCAUCAAACGCCCAGCAAACAUGGUCUGUUGAUUUAAGGGGCAGUGUCCUGGUGCCACCUUGGGGUUGUAGUUUGGGCACUUAAGCUCACAUUCUCUAUAGGAUGGGCCUCCUGCCCUGACUACAUCUCCCAUGAUGCACCACAGGCAGGGACUCCUCUGAUGGAGAGAGGAUGAUACAUCCUGGGAGUUGUAGUCUGGCAAGAGAGCCAAGCCCAUAGAGAAUGGGAUCUGUAGGCCCCCAGACUCCCACUCCCAUGAACCACAGCAGCACCCUUCAGAUUUGAACUGCUUCUGUUUUUAAAACGGUGCCGAAAUGUUGGACUUCUCCCAAACCGAACACAGCAUGGCCCAACCAGAGGAGUGUGCCAAGCUCCACCCUGCCAGAGUUUCUGUCCCACUGCCUGCUGCUCCUUGUCUCUGAGGACAGGGCCCAUCAUUCCUAGACCAAUCCACGAGUGUGCCCCAUGGCACUUGCCUCAGAGAAGUCAUCACUUCUACAGCCCACCCGGGAGGGGCCAGGUGCUGAGCCCCACCCACGCCACUCCCCAUGGGGGCUGCAGUUUUCCACAGAGCAGACCCCUUCUCUCACCCCCCACUGCACUUAUACUGCCACCCAGUCUGUUCUGUAUAUACCUAUAGGGCACUAUAUACUAUCCCCCAGCUAUAUCAUGCCAGUGUCUAGCUCACAGUCUCUGCUCAGCUAGCCACCUUAACGCCUUGAUUCUCUGCAACUCAGGGGAGCAGUGGAGAGAGGAACGUGGGGGCAGGAGUGGAGGGUGAAAAGCCCUCCCAAAUGGCACUUACUAGACACAGGGAGUUGGGCUGGGAGGGGUUUACACAGCCCUUCGGGGCAGUGGGGAGGGGACAGAUUGAGCAGGGCUGCAGGAGGGAGCACCGUUGUAACCAGUGAGGUGUGGAGGGGUUCAUGGUCUGCCCCUGACAUCCUGACCCUAUGUGCUGUCCCAGCCCCCUGCAGCCCAUCCUGCCCACUGGGCAGCCAUUCCCCAGGAAGGGCUGUGUGCUCUCAUUACCCUUGGCUUGCCCUGGGGCUCCCCUGCACCCCAGCCCUGAUCUCCCCCACCCCUGUGCCUUCCAUGCUGGGAGAUGCAUGGCUACAGGAGAAACAUCACCAAACGCAGCUCCCACAGCCCAGCUGGGGUCUGUCCAUCUGUCUGUCCUCAGCCACCCCACAGGCUGCUUUCCCAUCUGUCUUUUGUUUUCUUGUUUGCCUCAUCUUACCUGAGAAGGGAGGAUCGGGGUGGGGGUGUGAGGGAGCAAGGGAGGGGAAAGGAGGAUUUCAAAGGAUUUAAAAACAAACAAGCAGAUCCCGCAUCUCUGUUAGGAUUUCCCAGUGUGUCAGGCUUCUUGACUUUUCACACUAGCCAUGUUCACAUGUGUAAAGCCACUGCAGUCACUUUCCUUGCUUGUGGUCAUGGGCACUGACUGGUAGCAAUGCUUCAAGUUCCCUCCACCCCAGCCUUCCUUUGCAGGAUGCCCUGUCUCUUUUUCUGUCCAUUGAUCCAUUAGCAAAGCCCCAGCCAAUACCUACAUACAUACAUAUAUGUGCACACGCAUGUGUGUGUGUAUAUGGAAAUAUCCAUGGGGGGGUUAGCUCUUAAUCCCCCCUCCCCCCCGCGAUGGCAUAGGAAGGGGAGUGAGGGCUUUUGGUUAUGAAUUUUUGUUUUCUUACCUCAGUCAAGAGGCUGGCAGUGGGAGGAGGGUGGGGAGACACACAGCUGCAGGGAUUGGCUUCUGAAUGUACCAUUUAAGGCUCAAGAUCAGGCAAGCCAAGCCAGACAAGGGAUUAGAAAGCCGUGAUGAUUUUAUAUAUAUAUAUAUAAAGUUAUUAAAAACAUUUUUUACGGGUCAGUUAAAAACAGUGCUUUUCUUGGCUUGGACUGGAGCUUUCAAUUCACUGUCUCCCCAAGAGCACUGGUUGGGAACGCAGCUGAGGUGGGAAAGAUAGACUGUGGAUAGCUUAGUGGCAAUCAGAGCCAUGCCUGUAGCUGGAUACUGGCUGAAGCCUUGCCUCUAUCAUGGUAGUCGGCUGACUGAAGUGAGCAGCAGCAGCUAAGGAGACAUUGAUGGCACAGAAAGGGGAGUGAGGGCUUUUGAAAGCCCUCCAGUGUUAGCCUGCAUCAGUAUUCAUGCAACUUAGACCCGUGAAGUAAUGUUGCUGCAAGCUGGUGGGUACAGAGCUGCACUCACAAGAAAUUCCCACCCAGUGUCAUCACCCAGAACUCAAAUGAUCUGUGUCCUCUGGAAAAUGAAGCCCCAAACACGGAAACCUGACCAUUCCUCAGCAUUGCCAGCUCUUGCAUUACCUAGCAGUUCAGGGAAAGUCCCAGCUCCCAGAGUCACCUAAAGAAGAUGGAAUCAUUUCCAAAAGGAAGGGGCUUUCUUGAUCUUCUUGCUGCAGAGAAAAGCUUGCCAGCGGGAUGGGAGAAUCCCCUUGAGGGGCUCAAAACAGAAAGCCAAUGAAAAUGGAUGCUUAUUUGGUUAUUAAACAGGAAAACAAAAAAAGCCCUCCUGACUGCUGGAGGCCUGGGCUGGCAGUGCUGCAGCAAAUGCUGUGGUGUUUCCCUCCUCUCCAGUGCUUUCAUCUGUGCUGCAGUAUCAUCAGGGGCUGGAUCCUGGGAGUGUCACUAGUGCCUGCUGUCAUACUUUCAGCUGUUAUCAGCCAAUACUGGAGGAUUUUCUUUAAAUAAGGGAAGGGGCAAAAAAUGGGAAUAGCUGUGGCUCUUUGUGGUGUCAAAAGCCCAAGCUCAAGGGCAGUUUGGAAAUGAAGCCUUGUGUCCUAGCUCCCACUUCUGGCACUAGGGGUGAUUAGGAAAGCCAAGACCACUUUUGCUACCCCAACCCACCUACAUCCCCCAGGUUAAAACAGGCAUCAGACAGUCCUGCUUUGAAGCAACACUAUAGGUAUUCACCAGCAUCAGCUGCAGCAAUGCUGUGGCCAAUUAACUGGGCAAGGGGAAAGAUCAGUUCUGAGAAAUGGGAUGUCUAAUGCACUUACACCCCCCCUCUUUGCAAACACAUGCACCCUCCUCACCCACACACACACAUACAUGCACAGUGCAGGCUGGAAGGCGGGGUACUGCGCCAAGUUCCUGGCCAACCCAUGCUUCUUUGGGUGUGAUGCUUUGCAGCUGCUGGGUCUAGGCAGGAGCCAGGCUCCUGGAAGAAAAUGCGGGUAGGGGGUGGGUGAUGGGGGUGGUGGUGGGAGGGGUGGGAGAAGGGAGUGCACUUCAUCUGCUUUGCAAUAUUGGUGCAAAAAUGUCUUAAGCUCUUAGAGAAUCCGUGCAAGCUCUGAUGAGAUCCCAGCUUAAUGCUCCCAUCUUCAGCAUGUUUUUGAGACUCCACUGAGCAGCUUUUCUUAGAAAUGCGGUAACUCGAGCAGGGUUUGGGGUGGUCUUUCCCUGCUUCCCCCCCUCAGCCCUUUGCUCUUGCCCCCUUGUUGGUUUGGGCUCUGGGAAGGCAUGGAGGGGACCCGGAGCUGAGCGUGUGUGUAUGUCGUGCAUUAGAGCUAGGUCACCAGGUAAUGUCAGUGCCAGCCAGGUGAAUGGGUAAGUGGCAUGGCCUUCAGCUGAAUCUAAUGCAUAACACUAAUGACCGGAGCUGGACAGGCUAGUGGUUGCCCAGGCAGGGGGUCUGAGGCAGGCUGUACAUUUCACCCUCUGGCAUGAGUCAUUCCAUCCUGCCCUGACUUCUCCCCCCGCCCCCCUAGCAGGAGGACGGGGCUCCCUGUGUGAAGCCAUCUGCACAGUCCAGGCCUGCCUGCCCCUGUCCAACACCGUGCCUGAAGCCUGUGCUGUGGAGUGUCUGCAGCCUGGUUCUCUGGGGCAGGGGUGGGAGCCCUUGUCACCAAUGCUCAGGGAAGUAGUAUCCACACCCUGAUAGACUCCCAUGGGAGUCCAGGGAGAGAGCAGGGUCCCAGCCAGGCUUGGCUCCCACAGCCAUCCCACUGCAUACUUGUGUGCAUGUGUGGAAGUGGUUCUUGCAUUAUUUUGUAUUUGUGUGUGUCUGUGUACACGUGUGAGUGCAGUAGUCUGGCUUCAUAUGUGUGUGCAUGUUGGUGUGUGCAUUUUGUGAAUGCAUACAAGUGUGAGUGCAUGUGUUUGGCUUUGUGUGUGUGCGUGUGUGUUCACUGCAUACAUGUGUGAAUGUACAUGUGUGCCUGUGUGCACCCAAGUGUGUUAUGAUGUCUGCAUACAUAUGCAAAUGCCUUAAGUUUGGCUUUGCUUGUGGGCAUAAACCUGUGGGUGUGUGAGAGAAAGAGAAAAAGAGAGAGUGAUUGCAUUAAUUUAGUUAUGUGCAAAUGUGCCUGUGACUAGGUGUGUCUGCAUGCAUUCGUACACAUGCAUAUGUACAUGUAUGGGCCCAUAUAUAUGAUGAUGUGCACAUACGUGUGAGUGCAUUAGUUUGGCUUGCAUACGUGGGUGUAUAUGUAUAUGCAGGUAUUAGUCUGCAUUGUGUGUCUGUGAGUACAUUUGUGUGUGUAUGCCCCUGUGCAUCACUCUGUCUGCCUCUAUGACCUGAUUUGCCCUUGCUGCCCAGACAUUUCCUCCCUUCUCCCCAAAGCUUUCCUGGCUGCUGACUUGGUUCUGUGACCCAAACACUCCACACACAGCUAGCCCCCUCCAGUUGCUGCCCAGGGCCCACUCCCUCACCCUGCCUCUUGGG